GUUGACCUUCAGACCAGCACAUAUUUUGGCAGCCAAUGUGCGGCAUCCUGAGAGAAGUCAGAAUUGCAGUUUUGCAUUGUAUUACAGAAACUGCCUAUUCACCACAAUGCUUGACAUGUUUGCAUGGAUGCUGUAGCUUGCUCUCCAUAUUUUUCUGCACAUGGGGAAGUAUUUGCCAGUUGUGAUACUCAUUUGGAGACCAGGGAAUGCUAUGAAAAUUGCUUUGUUAGUUCUUUAUGUCUAUUGCAUGAUAAUAUCAGAGGCAGUGAACCUCAUUCAGAAUAUAUAUUCAGUUUUGUUCUCUUGUCCUGGUCUGGGCUGCUGAUUAUGGGGCCUUGUUAAUAAUCGCACCCCACCAAUGGUGGGAAGAGUAGAGAAUGGUUUCUUCCAGCCUUUCAGGCCCAACACAUCAGUUUUUGAAAAUACUGAGUUCUGUCUGGAUGUCAAGGACAGCAUAAUCUUCUUGUUAGUUUUGCGCUGUCUUCUCUCUAUGGCCUGCGCUGUGUACACCAUGCUUGGAGUCAGGACCAAGCUUGGUGUGGUCCAGCAUAUUCAGGAGGAGGAGGAAAAAAGAAUGAGCAGGCACCGUGUCCACGCAAACUGUCAUUGAGCCAGGACAGCCUGAGUCAGUAGCAGUUGCCCCUGUUCAGAAAAGGAAAUUUUAGAGCAGAUCAGUCAGCAUAGUGACUGAUGAGGAGGCAGCAGGACCUUCCCACCCAAGUGGAAGAGACGGAGCUGGAGAUCAUCACUUGCUCUCUAUCCCUGGGUGAGUUGUUUGAGCUGCAGAGCGAGUUCACCUAACAGCUAAACGAGUCCCUUCUGAGCUGGGUGCUCCGCAUCUGGGACACUGCAGCUGACACCAUUCUGAAAGGAUGUGAGGCUGGGCAGCUGGGAUCGCUGUCCCAGGAUGUGGUCAUUGACCAGGGGAUCAGGGAAACCCAGGAAACUCUCAACCUCUGGCAGUGGCUACUAGUGGGUAGAAGGGCUAGAUACCUUUGUAAAGGGGACGUCCACAUGCAAGAAGGAAGCACAAUGGAACAAGGUAUCCAAUGCCUAAGGGAAUUACCUGUGCUGGAGAUAAUUUUUUUGGAAGAUGAGAGAUUCUCUAAGAUCCCAGAUGAUGUCCAGUGCACAUCACAAAUGUGGUUGAAAUUUGCAUGGCUCAGACCAGAAAUAUAUGCCCACUACUUAGCAACACUGCAAUGGAAGGAAGGAGAGGACAAGGUGGGUGCAUUGGUCAACAAACUAAGACUUUACAAGGACACUGUCACUGCCCUGUUAUGCACCCACAUCUCAUCUGUGGAAACAAAGCUGGCAGGGCAUGUCCGGAGCUUGGAAGAGAAAUUUGAAGAGGGCCACCAGAAACUGAGGAAGGAACUUAAGGAAGGAAUUAAUCACAUCUUGCCAGAACCAAGAAGAGUCUCUGCCAUUUGGACCAGAUGUCCCCCAGCCAAGGAGAGAGGAUACACUCCAUGAAGUAACCUCUGUUUUUUCCUUCAGGAGCGUGGAGAAGACAUGAAGAAGUGGGGUGGAAAACCCACCUCUUCCUUAGCCACCCAGAUAUAUGAACUGAAGGGAGGAACAACAACCUCAAGAACCUCAUCUAGGGUCAACACUGCUUCGGUCUCUCUUAGACAAGGCUCUAGGUGGUAAAGGAAUGAUGAUAUUACCACCCUCUUGAAGGGACCUCAAGGUCAUAUUUACAGGAGGAGAGCAAUGUGUACAAUGACCAGGAUUUAGAGGGGCCCUGCCUUUAGCCAGGCAGGGGAAAGGGACAGUCAGAUCUGUUGGACUGUGUGGAUCCAAUGGCUUGGCAUGUCUGACCCACAAAGGUUUAUGGCUUUGGUUGACACCGGUGCUCAGUGUACCCUGAUGUCAUCAAGGUAUGUGGCAGUGCAAUCCAUUUCUAUUUCUGAGGUGACAGGGGGAUCCCAGCAGCUGACUGUAUUGGAUGCUGAAGUGAGCUUGACUGGGAGGGAGUGGCAGAAACACCCUAUCAGGACUGGUGCAGAGGCCCCAUGCAUCCUCGGCAUAGACUAUCUUAAGAUUCAAAAUGACAUUGCUGGGCUUUUAGGAUAGCUGCUCUAGAGACAGAGCGAAUCAGACAGUUGGAUACCUUGCCUGGUCUCUCAGACAACCCCUCUGCUCUAACAAGAAGUACCAAUUGCCACAGCAACAGUGCACCAUUGGCAAUACUGCAGCAACCAAGCCUCUCCCAUCCAUAAGAUGAUUCAUGAACUGGAGAGCCAAGGGGUGGUCAGCAAGACUCAUUCACCCUUCAACAGCCCUCUAUGGCUUGUGCGAAAGUCCAGUAGAGAAUGGAGCCUGAUGGAGGAUUACCUUGGCCUGAAUUAAAUCAUGCCACCUCUGAGUGCUGCUGUGCCAGCCGUGCUGCAGCUUCAGUACGAGCUGGAGUCCAAGGCAGUAAAGUGGCAUGUGGCCAUUGACAUUGCCAAUGAUUUUUCUCUGUUUCUUUGGCAGCAGAGUGCAAGCCCCAGUUUCCUUUCACCUGCAGGGGUGUGCAAUAUACUUGGAAUUGACUGCCUCAGGGGUGGAAGCAGAGUUCCACCGUCUGCCAUGGACUGAUCCACACUGCACUGGAAAAGGGUAAGCCUUCAGAACACCUGCAGUACAUUGAUGACAUCAUCACAGGGGGGAACACAGCCAUGGAAGUCUUCGAGAAAGGAGAGAUUAUCCAGACUGUCCUGAAAGCUUGCCAUUAAAUGAAGUAAGGUUAAGGGACCUGCUCAAGAAAUUCAGUUUCCAGGAGUAAAGUGGCAAGAUGGACACUGCCAGAUUUCAAUGCAAAUGAUUAACAAAAUAACAUUUAUGUCUCCACCAACCAACAAGAAAGAAACAUAAGCCUUCCUAGGUGCUGUGGACUUUUGGAGGAUGCAUAUCCCAGAGUACAGUACAAUUGUAAGCCCCCUAAUUUUCAUGGCACAAAAGAAAAAAAUUAUUUCCGGUGGGGCCCUGAACAACAAGCUUUUGAACAAAUUAAACAGGAGAUUCCCAUGCAGUAGCCCUUUGGCCAAUCAGGACAGGGCAAGAUGUAAAAUGUGUGCUCUACACUGUGGCUGGCAGGAAUGAUCCUUCCUGGACCCUCUGGCAGAGACCUGAGGAGACCCAAGGAUGACUCUUGGGAUUCUGGAGUUGGGGAUACAAAGGGUCUGAGGCCAGCUGUAUCCCAACUGAGAAAGAGAUGCUUGCAGCCUACAAAGCGGUUCAAGCCACCUCAGAAGUGAUUGGCACUGAAGCACAGCUGCUUCUGUUAACCCAACUACCAGUGCUGGGCUGGGUGUUCGAAGGGAAGGUUCCUUCUACACGUCUUGCCACUGAUGCCAUGUGGAGCAACUGGAUCGCAGCGAUCACACAGGGAGCCUAGAUGGGAAAUCCUCGUCUCACUGAGAUUCUGGAAAUCAUAACAAGAUGGCCUGAGGGUGAGAGUUUUGGACUAUCUUCUGAAGAAGAAGAGGAGCAGGUGGUACGUGCCGAGGAGGCCCCACCACAUAACCAACUACCAGAGAAUGAAAAGCAAUAACGCCCUCUUCACCAAUGGUUCCUGCCCAACUGUAGGAACGAUCUGUAAGUGGAAAGCUGCUCUAAGGACCCCCACACAGAAAGCUGCAGAAGCUACCACAGGACAAGGCGGAUCAAGUCAAUUUGCAGAGGUUAAAGCCGUCCAGCUGGCUUUGAAUGUUGCUGAAUGAGAGAAGUGGCUGAGACUCUACACUGACUUGCGGAUUGUAGCUAAUGCUCUGUGGGGAUGGCUGGAUCGGUGGAGAAAGGCCAAAUGGCAGCACAGAGGGAAAUCCAUCUGGGCUGCUGAGAUCUGGCAAGACGGAGCUGGCUACUGGGUAGAGAAGCUGACUGUGAAGGUCUGUCACAUCAAUGUACGUGUACCCAAAAGUUGGGCUAAUGAAGUAACAACAUGCAGGUGAAUUUUGCUGCCAAGAUUAAAGUAUCUUAGGUAGAUCUGGACUGGUAGCACAAAGGAGAAUUACUUCUAGCUUGUUAGGCCCUCGAUGCCUUCAGUCAUCAGGGAAGAGAUGGGACAUACCGAUGGUCCUGUGGCCAGGGAGUGGACUUAAACAUGGACAGUAUCUCUCAUGGAUGACUGUGAGACGUGUGCUGCAAACAAGCAAGCCAAGCGGAUGAAGCCUCUUAUGGUAGGGUGGACAGCAGUCAAAAUAUAGGUACAGGGAAGCUUGGCAAAUUGACUACAUCACCCUUCCCCAAACCUGCCAAGGCAAGUGCUGUGUGCUGACCAUGGUGCAAGCAACUACUGGAUGGCUGGAGACCUACCCUGUGCCUCACACUGCUGCCCAAAACACCAUCUUGGGCCUGGAAAAGAACACUUAGUCAGUCUGGAUGAGCCAGCCUCGGAAGCUGGACAAGAAGCUCUGCUUAGACAAGAGCAAGCAAAAAUCAUUCGUUUUGAAAGGCAAGCGGAAGAGUUCCUCAAUGCAGUCUUUUACAGAAAAGACAGUCCUAGGGUCUCUGACCCAAAUAUUCCCCUAGUGGCCCGUGAGAUCAUGCAGCGAAUGAUCCGACAGUUUGCUGCUGAAUAUACCUCAAAAAAUAGCUCUACUCAGGACUCCAGCCAGCCCAAUAGCACAAAGAACCAAAGCCUGCUGAAAGCAUCUCUGGUCGCCUCCUCUCCCACGGCUGCAACUGCUCAGAACCCUGUGCUCAGCAAACUGCUCAUGGCUGACCAAGACUCACCUCUGGACCUUACUGUCAGAAAGUCUCAGUCAGAACCUAGUGAACAAGACGGUGUGCUUGAUUUAUCCACUAAGAAGAGUCCUUGUGCUGGCAGCACCUCUCUGAGUCACUCUCCAGGGUGCUCUAGUACUUCGGGAAAUGGUGAGGAUCCAGCAGAGACAAUAGCAAUAGACUCUAACAAUCAGCCGAAGUCUCCACUGGAAAAAUUUAUGGUCAGACUGUGUACACAUCACCAGAAGCAGUUCAUUCGUGUGCUAAACGACAUAUACACUGAAGUACAACCAGACUCUGACGGCCAACAGUUAUCUGAAUCUGAGAGCAUGGAGGCCUCUACUUGUGGCUCUGGUUGUAGCCAGCGAAGCACUGAAAAUCAGGAUAAGGGUGCUACUUGUACUGAAUCAAAGCUCCCUUCUACAUUGGACCCAGGACAGUCAGGGGCCGAUGGCCCCCUGCAUGUUACGGGACAAGCCCCAAAGCAGCCUGUGGAACUGAAGUCUCUGGACAGAGCAGAGAACUCCAGUCCUGCUUUGAGAAGGGACUUCUGCGAGCUCCCCAUCACCAGGCUUCGCUCUGCUAGUCCAAAGGAUAGCCCCACCCAAGGAUACCUCAGCACGUUGAACUCUUCCUCUUUGAAUUUCCAUCAUGCCGCAAAGAGCCUGGAAGGGCAGCAAGCUGCUGGACACGAACAAGAAGCCGGUAUCAGGAAGUGUGAGGAUAAUAAAGAGCAGCUAGCAGGUAAGACUCUCAUGGAAGGUUAUAUCUCAGUCAAAGUGGCAAAUGUGAAUGGCAGCGAGGACAGCUUAGACAGCUGUCUGGGGUCCCAAAAGAGCUCUUUCAGGCCUCUCCCAGAGGAGUCCUGGGAUCCUGGCUUUGCAGUGACCCCCCCUCGCAGAGCCGACAAAGAGAACACUUUGCAAUGCAGCUCAAAAGCAUCUUUGCACCAGGACUUAGAUGCGAAAGAACAAGAUGUGAGACCAAAGCAAGAAAACCACCUGCAUGCCAUGGCCAAGGGCAAGGCAGGCUGCCAGCUGCACCCAGCUGACAAGGGCAUGCUCGACAAGUCCAAAGAGGGCUGGCUGCCCACUGGCGCCACGCCAGCCACCCACCGGCCCCCCGGUGGGCACCCCCGCGCCAAGGCAGCCUCCCUCAGGUCCUCUCGGAAGAGCAAGAAGGCGUCGGGGCUGAGGAUCAAUGACUAUGACAACCAGUGCGACGUGGUGUACAUCAGCCAGCCCAUCACCGAGUGCCAUUUCGAGGCCCAGCGGCUGGUGUCGUCCCGCAGGACGGCGAGGAAGAGCACCCGGGGCUAUUACUUCAAUGGGGAGUGCUGCGAGCUCCCCACUGUCCGCACGCUGGUCAAGAGCUCCCGGGCGGAGGAGAGGGCGAGCAGCCCGGCACUGCGAACAGAGACCCUCGUAAGUGCAAAACCACCCCUGGUGCUCUCGGUGGAGGGGUCUGCAGGGGCAGGACGGGAGGGUGAGAAAAGGGUUUCCCUGAGGCUCCUGGCUAAAGUGGCACCAACCAGCCGAGAAACGAAAGAGAGAGCUGAGCUGGGCUCCAUGCAGCUCCGGGAUACCCGAGCGCUACGAUCAAGGGAUGCUGCUGUGGCCAUGCCGUUCUUCUCUCUCUCUGCUCCACCCAGCCCCCAGAAAGAGGACAGCUUGGCCAGCUCACCACCACCUGGCUCCCCUCCUGCUGAAGGAGGGGAGUCACCUCCCCUCAGUGCCACAGUAGGAGGCACCGUCACCUGGGAGGCUGGCAGUAGCCUGGGCUCCUCUGGGGAUGGCAGCAGCAGCAGACAGGCUGCUGAUGUUGCUGACUUUUCAGUCUCAAAAGCACACGGUGAGGAGGAAUGUUGUCCAGGCUCUGACAUACAAACUAUUCCAGACCCCCCUGCCAGUCCAGAGCCAAAGUCCUCCUCACAGCCCUCUGCUGCUACAGACACAACACCUCCGCCCUCUGAUGGUGCCAGGGAUCCUGCCCAGCUUCCAGGCUCAGGGGAUGCUGAGCUCUGUGGGCAGUGUCUGGCAGAGCCCUCCACAUGCUCUCCAGGCUCGCAGGCUCCUGAUGAGCCCCCUGCCACCAUGGAUGGGAAGAGCCCCCUGGAGCCCCCUGCCACUUUGCAGUGUGGGGAUGUGAACAAAAGCAUCGAUGCUAAACCAGAAGCCGAAUCAUCGGUCAUGGUGGGUGACAGCCCUCUUGAGCAAGAGGAUGCUGUGCUCAUCAGCGCACCCCUCCCCAAAAUCUUGGAAGUGGAGGCAAUGCAGAAUAACAGUACAGCAGGUGAAAAAGAGCCCACUGAAGGGGAAAUGCCACCUGACCCAAACAGUUCAGACUCUGUGUCUUCCAAAGACAGUCUGGACAAGAAGCGAAAGAAAGGCAGGAGAGCACUAGUGGCAUCAGACCGGUGUCUCCGAAGCCAACGAUCCCCAUCACCUGCUGAGGGCAGUGCUGAGGACUCUGGUUCUUCCAGCUCUGGGCAGCUUACUUGCCUUCAGAUCAAACUCCCCAAGAGCCCUGGUGCUAAGCGGUUCAAGAGAGAAGUGCAGCUGGAUGAGGCAGCAUCCAUGCACUUCCCCAAUGACUGCUUCCCCAAUGUGCUGCUCAAAACCAGCGAAGAGCCGGGCAUUGGCCAGGCUCCAGAGAGCAUCACCGAGCAGCAGCCAGGCGAGGAGAAUGGUGUCACUACCAGACAAACCUAUAAAAGCAUCUUAGCAAAAGAGACUGCUGCAGAGGGAGAAAAUUCCUCUAAAGAUGACUCCUCUGCUAACAGCAGCCAAAGUCAUCAGGGUGAGAUGCUGGAAAUCAACAUCCAGGCUGAUUCUGAGAAGAAAAAUAUUACCCUCCCUCCAGAGAACACUGUUCCUGCAAAUGAUGCUGAGCAAGUGGAUGUGAAACCAGUCAAUGCCAGUGCAAAAGACAAGGGUAGCUCUGACAGUGUCAGGGAUCUGGGCAAGCCAGUGAACUAUGAGCUGGUGACCAAUUUGCCUCCAUGUCCCAGCAGCAGAGGGGGAAGCAAGCAUCUUCCAGCAAAAACUGCAAAGCAUAAAAAUGUUGCUCUGCAGUUUUACAACUUACGACAUGCACCCGCACCUGUAGACAGUGCAAAAAAGAACACACCAGGGAAGGAGUCUAUGCAAGCAAUCCCCAAACUGAGGGAUGAACACAGUUCAGGGAAUGAUGACUGCCCAACACUGGAGGACAUAGACAUGGAUGACAGCAAACCAAAGUUCAUGGAGUGGUGUGCUGAAGAGGAAAACCAGGAGCUCAUUGCUGAGUUCAACACUCAGUACAUGAAAAUCCAGAAGGGCUGGAUUCAGCUGGAGAAGGAGGUCCAGCCAACCCCCAAGGUAAAGAACAAAGCCGACAAACUAAAAGAGAUUUGGAAAAGCAAGAAAAGAACACGGAAAAGCAGAGGCUCACUGGAAGUGCAGAAGCUUUCUCCUGUGCAAAUGCUGUUUAUGAAGGCCUUUAAGCUGUCUGACAUAUGCCAGUGGUUUCUGGAGACAACUGAAACCAGGUCUCUAGUGAUUGUGAAGAAACUCAACACCCGUCUCCCAGGGGAGAUUCCCCCCAUGAAAGUCCCCAUGCAGAAAUAUUCUUCCUCUAGUCUCUACCCCAGCUCACUACAAGCUGAACGUUUGAAAAAACAUCUCAAGAAGUUCGCCGCCACUACCCCGGCUCGGAAUAACCUGAAGAACCAAAAGCUUUGGGCCAAAAUUCGUGAGAAUGCUGAUAAAGCAGAGGUUGAAGAAGCCACCACUCCCAGCCAGACGUUUCCCACUGAUGCCAGCACCAAGGAGCUGAGUGAGGACAAAACCAUCCAGCCUGCCCUCAGCUUGCCCACGCAGGCCAGCACCAGAAUCCUGCGAAAGUACUCCAAUCUUCGGGGCAAGCUGCGAGCCCAGCAGCGCGUGGUGAAGGCAGAGAAGCGGAGUGAUGGCCCGGGGGACCACCUGUCCCUGGAGAGCAAGCAGAGCCGGAAAAGUGUGUGCAUCAACCCCCUGAUGUCUCCAAAGUUGGCCUUGCAGAUCAAAGCAGCUGCCUUUCCUGCUAAAUCUCCCUCAGUGGAUGGAACGGGGAAGGGCCGGAAGGGGAAAAGCAGGUCCCAAGAGGACCCCUUGCCCAAAGUCGACCUCCAGCUCAGCAAGAAGAAGAAGACGCUGAAGGAGAGCGGGAGCACCCAGGAGCGAUCCAGCUCUUCCACCAAGGACAAGCUGCCUGCCAAGAAGGCUAGUAAAAUAAAGCAUUCAGAGGUCAGCGUGAAAUCUCCCGCCACCAGAAAGCAGACUGCCAUGGAGAGGAGCAAUAAACUGGCCAGAAAAAUGUCUUUGAAAGAGAAGAGAGUCCCGAAAAAGCAGCUGGAGAAGAUGCGGCUCCCCGUGCGGAAGGGCAAGGAGAACACGAGCAGACGGGCCGUGCUGCCUCCCAGUCACGAGGAGCUGUCCAAGUCCCCAAAACAAAAGCCCCUGGGGGAGUCCUCCACACGGUCACAGAAGAUGGCCAACAAGAAGCACAGCAGUGGGAAGACCUUGACAAGGUCCAUGAAGAAGAUACAGGAGAGCAGCGUGUCUCAGGGCAAGAGGAAGCUAAGGGCAAAAGUGGACUGUUCGCACAGCAAACGCUCACGACUGGACCCGAAAUAGCAAAGAACCGGUAGCCAUGUACAAAACUGGUGUAUAGUAGUAACCCUUUACCAUGCAUUAACUAAAGCUGCUUUUAUAAGCUGUAGCAAGCCUUUAAAAAUCCGCAGUUAAAGGAUAAAUGCCCAUGAUUUUAGGCAUCAGCAGAUGUGUCUUGGACAGAGAAGAGGUUGGUCUGUCUGGCUCUGCUGUUCAGAAGGAAGUUUCUGUAGUUUGAACGUUCCUUGGGUUCUUUUAAACUUAGAACCAGGCAGUUUUUGUUAAAAGUACAGUGCCUUAUUUAUCACUUUAAAAAUAAAAAUAAGAAGCUUGUCUGUGUGAUUUGGAGGCUUGCGUUUUAUACUUGAGGCACAAGCACUUGUACUGUAGCAGAAAGAAAACCACCUUCGUGCACAUGAAGUAGCUUUUGUCAGCCUUUGGGUGCACACAAACAUUUCCCUUUCUUUCAGAGUCCUCCUUCUGUCUGUCUUCUUAGUGGCAUUUAAAGCAAAACCAAAACCAUUUCGCAUCACUAAGGGAGAGAAAGGCGAGUCUGUCCAUUGUCGGUUUGCUGGUAGCAGUUGCUGAUGUCCCAGACUGUUACUCGCAUGAGAAUGUGAAGUAGCUACUGGUGUGUGUACUGCUGAUGGCUGCCUGCUCCUCGCUGCACAGCCCGUGGGUGGGGAGGGCCCGCUCAGGCUGAGGAGAUGCCCUGGGGGCGCCAGGUACCAGGCUGCCACACCCACUGCUGCCGGCUGGGCGUGCUGGGCUGUAUCUGUCUUUUUUUCUUGCUGGCUUCAGGGAUGAACCGGUCUUGCCAUGCUCUGCUUUUGGACAGACUUCCUUCUCCUGUUUCCCUGUCCUUGUGGUGAUUUCUGUGGUCUCUGAUGGCAAAGCUUUUCUGUAGUGCUUCACUGAAGGUUGAAUCUUUCCCUUUUUAAGGGCUUGAGUUCCUGAUGUUGGUGCUCUGCAGGAAGGGAACUCUGGCUCUCACCUUGUGCUUUUGUGCACGUCUUGCCUAGUGCUGUCCGAAGCCAGGAUUUGCAGUUGAAAUAAGGUUGGGAUAAGGGACUGGCUUGUGUUAAUUUUUUACCAUAAUUUGCAUUUCACCUUUUUACCAGCAAGGUGCGGGAGGUUUGUCCUUGCUUGUGUCACAGGACGGGGUCAUAGUGCCUGUCUUUUCUUAGAAAAACCUGUUAGAAGUGCACUGUGUGUGUGGCUGUGCUGGUUCUGCUGGGCAGAGAUGACCAGCAGCUGGGGAGGGCUGUGGGCUGUGCUAGGGCAAGGUCCCUACUCAGCCAUUGCAUCCCCACGGCUUCACUUUCACAUUGCUGCAGAGUCCACUUGCGGGAAUCCCAAUGCCAGUCUCCUUCCAGACGUAAAGCAGCAGUGCCUGUCAGGGCACUGUGUGGACCCUGAGGCUGCCAGACCUUUAACAGCUGCCUUGCUGGUCCUUGCUCAGCUGCUUGUCCCUGAUGAGAGCAAGGCUCUGGUGCAGCCCAUGAAUUCAAGAGAUGCUGGCCCUUGGAGCAGAGGCUGGAAAGGGAUUGGCUGCAAAGGGAAUUGCUUUUCAUGGUUGGCAUUGAACCCCAGAUCUGAAGGCCUGGGGGCGGGAGGUAAAAGGCAGAUAAUUGUGUUAAAAUCUUUCAUUGUACCCCUUUAGCACAGAGGAUGAAACCAGGUGUCUGAUUUGCACUCCCUUCACAGAGCACCUCUGGCUCUCUUGGAGGUACUCCCUUUCCCAAGCAUUGACACAAUGCUGCGGCACAUUGUUCUCUUACUGUGAAAUGGCUGAUUAAAAAAAAAAAUCCUUUGCCUUUCCUUUGAAUUGUGCUAGAGUAAGUUAACUCUCUGAACAGGUAGGAAGUGAUUAAAUCUAGCCUGUCAGUCCCUGUACAGAUUAAUAUGAAGUUAUCUAUUACUUUAAUUUUUACUGCAUGCAUUAAAUAUGUCAAACAUUCCAUCAGAAAAGAUUUAAAAGUGUUUCAAGAGAGGUGUAAGGCAGGAGGGCACUGAUGGCAGUUAAGUGAUUUAUCUGUACCUCUUUUGCAGGGUGUCUUUCCCUCUUGCUUCUCCAUCCUUACUUAUGGUCCUUCUCUAGCCUCUGGCUGGGGCCCAGCCACAUGGACCCAGAUUUCCUCUCCUUCCUCUGGGCCAGGUGUACGUGUGAGCACGGCUCUUACCUUUGCUGCUCUCGUCAUUCCCCUGCAGCAAAUCCCUUCUCCCUGUCCUUCACCAUCACUCCUGAAGCACCUGCACCGCUCACCAAGCCUUGAGGCUUUCCCUCUCUCUUCUCUCAUUUUUUAGCUGCUGGUAAAUGGUAAAUUCAGGCUGUCCUGCUCCCUGUCUUCUGUGCUUCUGGGAGUAGGAAUCCCAUUAGGAUAAAACCUUAUAGAAAGCAAGUGGAAAGAGUCUUUCUAGAUGGGGUGCUGCUGCUCCAGUGUCCUGGAUGCCUUUCUGCACCCUGGGGCCUCACCAGCACCGACUGGCUCGAGCAUGGCAAGGCUGGGACAGCAGGUGUCAUUGGUGCUGGAGUGGAGCAGCUUCUGGGCAUCUGUCCCAGCUCAGUGUGCACUGCUUGGCUUAGGCAGUGGUGGGAUCAGAACACUGAGCUUCCCGGCAGUGUCCCUGACAGGCAGUGGUGACGUGUGCUGCUGAGGCACAGCCCCCUGCUUCAGAGCAGUCUGUUACCAAUAACUGUGACUAUUACAUCAAGCAAGGGAUGCACAGGGAGCUGCAGAUGAGCUUAAUGAAUGGAAGAAAAUAAGCAACAUGAUUUAGUACCUUAUUCCACAUGGACAUGGAGUGUGUUUCCAUGUGCUGCCCACUGGCACUACCACAGUGCCAUCCUCAGAUCCACAGCCUCAUUGCGCUCCUCUUCCCCUGGGCUACCCCACAGCUCCCUGCUCUACUUCUUCAGCUCUGGAUUUCAAGAGCUACAACCCACAAAGCAGAUCUCUUUCUGUUACUUUGGCUUUUCUUGCUGGCUACUUUCUCAUCCUAUUUGAAACUAGUCUCCAUCAUGCACCCUGGUCCAUGAACGAGGAGCAGCAUCCUCUUAUCUCUGCACCUCCACAGAUGUCCUCACUGUCCCUCUGCUGCCAGCCCCCCUCUCAUUUGCAUGGUUACCUUUUUCUCUCUCUUGUUGUCAUCAGCAGCUCUGGGUCUUCACACUUCACAUGUUAAGAAUCCGUCCGUUAAUUAACAUGUUAAUUAACCACUGGGAGGAGCUGCGUUUGCCAAGCUCAGUCAAGUUGGUGCUGUAGCAAGAGCAGUUUGAGCCCGGGAUGCCUCCUCCUACCUGUAGCUGUGAGGAUCUUGUUAAGCAAGGCCAGCCCUGGAAUGGGUUUCCCUGCUGGCAGGGUGUGUGAUAUGUACCCAAGGCGUGCUCAU